CCCCCGCGGGAGAGCUGCCUGGAGUUCGCGGACGGCCGGACCUGCAGGGAUGCCGGCCCGUGCCCCCUGAACUACAGAUACCAGGUGAGCACCCCCUCCUCCGGGCACAGCGUGGGGGCUGGCUUGGGAGGGAAGUGCACCUGGGAGGGAUUUUGGGGGUGGCUUCCCUGGUAGGGGAGGAGAUGGCGGGGUGGUGGGGGUGCUGACGAUUCCAGGGACGCCAGGGAAAGGAAGUUCAGGGAUCCUCCCUGCUCUCAUGCCCACCUCUGCUUCCUGCCUCAGGCCUCACCGUGUCCCAGAGCCUGUACUCCCCGUAACUGCCUGGGAGAUGUGACCUGUACUCUAGGAGGCUGGCCCUGCAGGCCCCAGCCUUCCCUCAUCCCCGAGGGGCCCCUUGGGCCUUUGACUGACUCUCCCCCGCCCCCAGGCCAGGCUCAGAAGCUGGCUCCUGGGCCUGGGCACCUGCACCAGCCCCACCUGUGCCUGGGCCUUGGCCCUUCCCCACAGGGCACUCACCAUGGCCCCACCGCUCCUGCUGCUGCUGCUGGCCAGUGGAGCGGCCGCCUGCCCACUGCCCUGCGUCUGCCAGAACCUGUCCGAGUCGCUCAGCACCCUCUGUGCCCACCGAGGCCUGCUGUUCGUGCCACCCAAUGUGGACCGGCGGACAGUGGAGCUGCGGCUGGCUGAUAACUUCAUCCAGGCUUUGGGGCCACCAGACUUCCGCAACAUGACCGGGCUGGUGGACCUGACGCUGUCCCGCAAUGCCAUCACCCGCAUCGGGGCCCGCGCCUUUGGGGACCUGGAGAGCUUGCGCUCCUUGCACUUGGAUGGCAACAGGCUGGUGGAGCUGGGCACUGGCAGCCUGCGGGGCCCCGUCAACCUGCAGCACCUUAUCCUGAGUGGCAAUCAGCUGGGCCGCAUCGCACCAGGGGCCUUCGACGACUUCCUGGACAGCCUGGAGGACUUGGACUUGUCCUACAACAACCUGCGGCAGGUGCCCUGGGCUGGCAUCGGUGCCAUGCCUGCCCUGCACACCCUCAACCUGGACCACAACGUCAUUGACGUGCUGCCUCCGGGCGCCUUUGCCCAACUUAGCCAGCUCUCCCGCCUUGACCUCACCUCCAACCGCCUGGCCACAUUGGCACCUGACCCACUCUUCUCCCGGGGGCGCGACUCCGAGGCCUCGCCUGCCCCCCUGGUGCUGAGCUUCAGUGGGAACCCCCUGCACUGCAACUGUGAGCUGCUGUGGCUGCGGCGGCUGGCCCGGCCCCAGGACCUGUGUGAGCCGCCCCUCAUCGCCCGCCACACACAGCGCCUCUGGGUGCUGGAGGGUCAGCGGGCCACACUGCGGUGCCGGGCCCUCGGGGACCCUGUGCCCACCAUGCACUGGGUUGGCCCUGAUGACCGGCUGGUCGGCAACUCCUCCCGAACCUGGGCUUUCCCCAACGGGACCCUGGAGAUUGGGGUGACGGGCUCUGGGGACGCAGGGGACUACACCUGCAUUGCUACCAACCCUGCUGGUGAAUCCACAGCCCAGGUAGAACUGCGGGUGCUGGCCUUGCCUCACGGGGGGAAUGGCAGUGCGGAGGGGGGCCGCCCCGGGCCCUCGGACAUUGCUGCCUCAGCCCGCACUGCUGCGGAGGGCGAGGGGACACUAGAGACUGAGCCAACUGUGCAGGUGACAGAGGUGACGGCCACCUCAGGGUUGGUGAGCUGGGGGCCUGGGCGGCCAGCAGACCCUGUGUGGAUGUUCCAAAUCCAGUACAACAGCAGCGAGGAUGAGACCCUCAUCUACCGGAUCAUCCCCGCCUCCAGCCACCACUUCCUGCUGAAGCACCUGAUCCCUGGUGCCGACUAUGACCUCUGCCUGCUGGCCCUGUCACCUGCCGCUGGGCCUUCUGACCUCACGUCCACCAAGCUGCUGGGCUGUGCCCACUUCUCAACGCUGCCGGCCAUGCCCCUGUGCCACGCCCCACAGGCCCACAUGCUGGGCGGGACCCUGACUGUGGCCGUGGGGGGUGUCCUUGUGGCUGCCUUACUGGUCUUCACUGUGGCCUUGCUGGUUCGGGGCCGGGGGGCUGGGAAUGGCCGCCUCCCCCUGAAGCUCAGCCACGUCCAAUCCCAGACCAACGGAGGCCCCAGCCCCACACCGAAGACCCACCCGCCACGGAGCCCCCCACCGCGCCCCCAGCGCAGCUGCUCCCUGGACCUGGGAGACACGGGCGGGUGCUAUGGUUAUGCCAGGCGCCUAGGUGGGGCCUGGGCCCGACGGAGCCACUCUGUGCACGGGGGACUGUUUGGGGCAGGGUGCCAGGGAAUGGGGGGCAGUGCAGAACGGCUGGAAGAGAGCGUGGUGUGAUGGGAAGGGAGUCAGCCCGGGGUGGAGGGUGGGGGGCAGGCAGCCACCUGGCCUGGGUGGGUCAGCACUGCCUGGGAGUUCCUCCCUUUUACCCUCGGUACCUCAGGCCCCCUUGUGCUUGGCAGGACGGGGCCCUUUCCCUGGUUCUGGCCCACUGACAGGCAUAAGGGGUCAGCCUCUCUGACAGGUGCUCACAGCCACCAAGGCAGGGGCUGCAGCCACCAAGUGGGAGUCUUGUUUUUCUUUAUAAUAAAAUUGUUGGGGACACCUCA